GUUUUAUUAGCAUGGGUAUGAGAUGGCAACUAUACGAUCCUGACUUCUAUACAGAUGUGAUUUUUGGAUUUGAUAUUGAACAAGUUGAAUCUGAUGAGGAGGUUUAUAUAUGUAGAUGUUCUGGCAGAGGGAAGUCGGACCAGGAACGCCGUAUACCACGAAUGCCACACAUUAAGCCACAGUUAGAAGAGCUGCAAGCUAUGCCUUUUACCUCGUAUGAUCCAAAUGUGAGGAAGAAGGGAAAGGGAAGAGGGAGAGUACUUAAAGAAAAAGCAAAAGCCUUUCCUGGUUUAAGAGGAACUAGAGGAACUGGAUGUGAUCACAGAGACCAGACAGCCAUUGAAGUUGAUAGACCAAGACAUGAACCUUUGUUUCUGGAUAACAGUUCAUUUGUGGGGAAAGCAGACAUUGCAGUGAAGAUGUCGAGUCCUUUUGCCAGUUUGUCAAAACCAACUCUAAGUUCUGAAACAUAUGAGGAAGAUUUCCCUUCUCUAUCAUCUUCAUCACAUUCACCACGAUACCAAAGAUCUGCAGUAUAUGACAGUGAUAGUGGUUCAUCUGGCUUAAAGGAUCUCAACAAUUUGGCAUUACCUUGUAAAGGUUCCUCAUCUGUUCAUUACAGUUCAUUAUCAUCUCUCAUGAGUGACUCAUCUCCAGAAAAAUCUGCUGUAUGUAAAUCAUCUAUGUCAUGUAGAACAUCAAGCGAGGAAGCUCUGUAUAUAAGUGAUACUGAAUCCAUACCCAGCAGAUCAAGUGAAACAUCCGAGAACAUGUGGAAAAUCACACAAGGCAACAUCAUUCAGCUUGAUGGCCUACCCAGACAAAUGGACUUCUCCACAUUAGAAGAAUUGAUAGCCCAAUAUGGCACCAUCCAAGAAACUCAGGUCCUGGAGUAUGAAGACUCAGUGGCUGUCAGAUUCAGGUUAACAUCUGAAGAUGCUUGUGAUUGGGUGGUUUCUUGUUUGGAUGGUACAGAAUGUCUUUUCCCAGAGUCCAAUCGCCCUUUACAUUGCUGUAAAGUUUGACUUCUGUCCUCUUAUUCUGGAUGGUCAAUUUUACAUGAUACCUGACUUCUACAAAUUCAAUUGUUACCUGAACUCUGAACUCUGGAAACUGGACUGUGAUGUUUUAGGCAUUGGAUUCUUUCAGUCUUAUGUGGAGUCGAGAUGACUAUAUAAACAUGAAUUGUUAUGAACAGCAGACUUUGGUAUUACCACAGUUAUUGUUGUCAUAUUUAUCUGAUUCCUUGAUGUUAAUGUUGAGACCUGACCUUGUUUGGACUUCACGGUAACAUGUGAAGCAUUGUCUGAGAUAAUUUGUGAACAUUAUAUUGAAUUGGGUAUCAUUAUCUGGUCAUGUCUGGGAUCAUCUCGAAUGAAUUCUAUUUAUUUUAGAUUUAUGAUAGGUGUUAUGUGAAGUUAUCAGUUUUACAGCAUUCAAACAGGGACAGCUGAUAACAUAUGUCAAAUGGAUACUCAUUAUUGCUACUUUUAAAGGGGCUAUUUAGUCAAGCAAGGUUUUUCUAUUCAGCUGGAAAUGAAAAUAUAUGUGUCCAGACUAACAAAUCUGUACAUAAUAGUUUUCUCCUACAUAGCCAAUGUCCAGUGUGGUCAGUUUAAAAUCUUGGGAUGCCCCUGCCAAAAAAAGCGAUAAUCCAAAUAUAGCAGGAAAUGCUGCACCCUCUGGCAGGAAGAAGACUGUUUGUAAACAAAUGCACCUAUCAUUUAUUGUGUCUGUACAGAUGAUACGGAUUUCCCAAAUAAUUAGUUAAAAAAUCAAUGGAAAACAUGCGCUUGUAUCAAUAUGUCAUUGAGGAUAGUUCAUAAGGCUUAUAGAACUACAUUUUGACGGAUGAAUUUGUAACUAGAAAAAAAAAAAACUUUACUAAAUAGCCCCUUUAAAGUUUUCUCCAUAAGCCAAUUGAAAGCUAUUUCAAUGGGAAAGUAUCACUUUUGGUUUUUUUUUUUUUUCUGUUCUUUCUUGGUCUGGAAAGUUUGUCAAGGAAAAAAAAUGCCAAUAAAUUGGACCAUUAAGGGGUGGUAUCAAUUUCCCUAUUGUGAACCUUCCAUCAAGAUAGCUAUAUUCAUCCUUCUUCAAUCUAUGGUAUCAACAUGUCACAGCUGAUUUGAUAUUCAAAGGCAUGUUUCUGAGACAGUUAAAUUCACAGGACAGGGUUUGGAGAAAUGCAGACUUAUGAAGAUUAUGGAAAAAAUUUUUAGUUGUCAUAAUGGUCUAUUUAGGAAAUGUGUAAUAUCCUUGUGUGAUAUGAAGUUAGAUGUGUUUGAUGCAUGGUGGUUCCUUAGUUGUUAACCAUGUUACAUUCUUUGGGAACUCAACAUUACUUUCUUAGAUUGACCAAGAGUUAUAUGGCAGUUGCGGUCAGUGAAGCAGAAGACGCUUACCUUUCUGUUACACCUGCUCAUGUUUUAAAGUAGUCUCUCUGUAUGUAUUUCUUUUACUCUCAUUUUACCCUGUUUUACAAAAAUAAAAUUGCCAAGAAUAGGAUAUUUGAAAUUAUCAUGCUGGCAUGAGAUAAAAAUGUUCAAGAUCACAGGGUCAAAUCUUUUGAAUUGUUAAAAUGACCUGCUCUGUCAGAAAUUCCUGUUAUCAUUUGAAUAAGAAUUAAGACGUAAAUAAUUUGAAGCAUGGCACAAUGAUUCUUACUAUUAACAUUCAGUUUCCUUUCCUUAAAAUUGAAACCUGAAGGAUCCUAAUUUAUUGUCAAAAUUAUACUGAAUUUUUCAGCAUUUAAAGUUUUUCAAUUAGUGAUAUAUGGGUUCUGUUAUUGUCGUAAUUAUCCUAUUUAGAAACGCAGUACAUAAUUGUAAAACAGCCUGUUUUCCUCUGAGGAAAUGUUUUGAACAAAACUGUUUUCAGCUAGAUGAAAUGCUGACUUUGACGGGAUAUAGUACUGGGGACUCAUCAUAUCGAAGCAGAGAACUCAUCACAUCAAAGCGGAGGUCUCACCACAUCAAAGCGGAGGUCUCACCACAUCAAAGCGGAGGACUCACCACAUCAAAGCGGAGGACUCACCACAUCAAAGCGGAGGUCUCACCACAUCAAAGCGGAGGACUCACCACAUCAAGCGGAGGACUCACCACAUCAAAGCGGAGGACUCACCACAUCAAGUGGAGGACUCACCACAUCAAAGCGGAGGUCUCACCACAUCAAAGCAGAGGUCUCACCACAUCAAAGCGGAGGAGACUCCCCACAUCAAAGCGGAGGUCUCAUCACAUCAAAGCGGAGGACUCCCCACAUCAAAGCAGAGGUCUCACCACAUCAAAGCGGAGGACUCAUCACGUCAAAGCGGAGGACUCGCCACAUCAAAGCGGAAGACUCACCACAUCAAAGCGGAGGACUCAUCACAUCAAAGCGGAGGACUCCCCACAUCAAAGCAGAGGUCUCACCACAUCAAAGCGGAGGACUCAUCACAUCAAAGCGGAGGACUCACCACAUCAAAGCGGAGGACUCACCACAUCAAAGCGGAGGAUGCUCACCACAUCAAAGUGGAGGAGACUCCCCACAUCAAAGUGGAGGAGACUCCCCACAUCAAAGUGGAGGAGACUCCCCACAUCAAGGGAGGAGACUCACCACAUCAAGGGAGGAGACUCACCACAUCAAAGCGGAGGAGACUCCCCCACAUCAAGGGAAGAACUGAACCCUGUUCUGUUUCACUGUUGAAAGGAGCAAUUUUAUAAAGAAAAGCAAUACAGAUACUUAAAAUAUUUUUUUAUUAAUUUAUUGAUUUUGUUGGUCAUGGAAACUUUAAUAUUUAUUUAUGUAUAGUAUAAUCAAUGUGAUGAAUGUGACAUUACAUCUUCUUUAUGAUGUGUUUACAUCUGCAGCAUGUUAUCAAAUCUUCUUCACAGCUUUUGUACAAUUUCCUUGUUUGUGUAAGGUGUGUACUGACAUGACAAACCUACAUCAUUCAUGUCAGUAAUGUGUUUUUGUUUAAUGCCAGGGUAUUAUUGAUGAAAACAGUAUUUUUCUUACUCAACUCUACUACAGUUCUUAAGCAAUGUAAACAAAUAAACAUUGUAAGCAUCAAUACAAUGCAAUAAAACCAUUCCAAAGAAAGUAUCUUAUAUUUAAGGAAGCGAUUGUCUCUACUUUGGUGUCCAAGAUUGGCUACAGUGUUUGAUUGUCUAAUUCAAUGCUAGGACUCAUCAAAGUCUUAUCAGAGACAUGGAGUGAAGACACACACUUACAUUAAGACUGUUUAUCUGCAUCGCUUCAAUUUCAAUCGAUUUCAUUCUCCAUGCAUAGCUGCUUGGAUUUCAUUCUCCGUGCACAGUUGCUAGUAUUUCAUGCAAAGUUACUUGGAUUUCGUUCUCCAUGCAAAGUUACUUGGAUUCCAUAAUUCUAGGAAGUUGUUUAGUAAAAUGUGUAUGUGGCUUUAAAUCUUUAGAUAUUAUUCAGUUCUAUAUCAUUAAGAUGUCAAACUUGAUAACUAUAAACCACUGUGCAUUGGGACUGGACUUAGCAAUAAAGAGUAUGAAUAGUAAAGAGCAGAAUAGAAUAGAUUUAAGAAAUAAUGUAACAAAUCAUGCUUUGACUGGCACCAGACAAAUGCAGCUACCUUAUUGCCAACGAGGGGUAGGUCCCAACUGGUACAGCUCCAGUCUCUAGUCACAGCAACUCUCAAGAAGGAUCAGGUUUAAAGUUUGGGAAGAAAUCAUCUGCUUAACAUCCAACUACACAUUUCCAUGUAUUGUGGCGUCGGUGUUUGGAAAACCAUCAUACCUUCCUUCUUAGUGGAGGUAUUGAUCUACUGAUUAUAUCACAUGAAACUAGAGAAAAUGUUGAACAAUUUUUGUUCAUAGUAAAUUUUGUUUUGAAAAAUAUUGUGUAUUGAAAAUACAAGGCAUUUUUUCCAAACAUUUUGGAUUGAUGCGCAGUGUACGUAAAUGUCUAUUUGCAGGGGUGCAGUUUUUAUUCCACAUAUGUGUUCAUAAAGGACAAGAGAUUUCAAUAUAUGGAUACUUGAUAUUUCAAAUCUUGUGCAUGUUCCAUCACUUAUACAUAAUUUGCUGCAAAUAUUUUGAUUUGACGAAUAAAAUGCAUCUGGUACUAUUCAAA